AUGUUUUGGGCCAAAUCAGUCUCAUUCGAUGCCGCGAAGGACAUUCCGUCCCUCGAGGGCAAAGUGAUCCUCGUGUCGGGUGCAAGCUCCGGGCUGGGCAAGCAAGCCGUCUUGGAAUAUGCGCAACACAAUCCUCGCCUGAUAUACCUUGGAGCGCGUAGUGCCGACAAAGCCAAUGCAGCGGCGAAGGAGAUCAAAGAGAAAUACCCCAAAGCCGCCAUCGAAUUCCUCGAACUCGACGUGGCCUCCUUCGCAUCCGUCAAAAAGGCCGCUGCAACCGUCCUUAGUACCACAGAUCGCCUAGACAUUCUCAUGCUCAACGCCGGUAUCAUGGCUCACCCUCCUGGGCUCACAGCAGACGGCUAUGAACUUCAGAUCGGGACCAACCACAUGGGCCACGCACUCCUCACCAAGCUCCUCCUCCCUCUCCUGCUCAAAACUGCGGCCGGGACCACGACCAAUGGUUCCCAGGCUAAGCCCUCCGACGUCCGCGUCGUCACUGUUGCUUCCAAUGGCCACAUCUAUGCUACGGCGCCGGGCAUCCAUUUCCAGACCCUCCGCACCCCAGCAGACGAGAUGGGCCCCCUGGGCCGAUAUUUCCAAUCCAAGCUUGCCAACGUCCUCUGGACCCGCCAACUGGCGGCCCUCUACCCGAGCCUUACGGUCGUGUCGAUGCACCCAGGCACGGUGCAGACCAACUUGAUGAACAACACUGACGACAUGGGCUUCUUUAUGCGUGGGCUGACGAAAGGGCUGGUGAAGAUGAAUGCGUUCACCCCAGUGGAAAAAGGCGUGAGGAGCCAGCUUUGGGCAUCGGUUGCGCCGAGGUCCACCACCAAGGAUGGCAAGGCAAAGCCAGAUGAUUUUGGGAAAGUGGUGAGCGGAGAGUAUUAUGAGCCGGUCGGUGUGUCGGGCAAGAUGAGUGCGCUUGGGAGGGAUGAUGAGCUUACGAAGAAAUUUUGGGAAUGGACAGAAAAGGAAUUGGCGGGACAUGUAGCCUAA